UUAGCGGAGGAGAGGAGAGAGUGUGAACGGUUGGGGGCAACGUGAGGUGGCCAGUCCAGCCACAGACUGUCCCCGCACACGCCCUUGGUGAUCUUGACACCUCUGAAAUGAGUGGAGUGUUUGUUUGCAUAAGCAUUUCAUUCGGAAAAAGUAUUAGACCGAUUUUCAGGGGAAGUGAGGAGACCUCUGAGGCACUUCUGACCUUUCUGAAGAUUCUUUCAGUUGAGCCUAAGGUGACCGUGUAUCCUGCGAAGACUCAGCCCCUGCAGCGCCACAACCUCCUGGUCUGCUCCGUGAACGGUUUCUAUCCAGGCAGCAUUGAAGUCAAGUGGCUCCGGAACGGCCGGGAGGAGGAGGCCGCGGUGGUCUCCUCCACAGGCCUGAUCCGGAACGGAGACUGGACCUUCCAGACCCUGGUGAUGCUCGAGACAGUUCCUCAGAGUGGAGAGGUUUACACCUGCCACGUGGAGCACCCCAGCCGCACGAGCCCUGUCUCGGUGGAAUGGAGAGCAGAGUCUGAAUCUGCGCAGGGCAAGAUGCUGAGUGGAGUCGGGGGCUUUGUUCUGGGUCUGCUCUUCCUUGGGCUGGGGCUGUUCAUCUACUUCAGGAAUCAGAAAGGACACUCUGGACUUCAGCCAACAGGACUCCUGAGCUGAGGUGAAGAUGGUGACACUCAGGAAGAAACUUCUGUCCCAGCUUCGCAGCAUGAGGAGGCUUCCUGCUUGGCUUGUUCUUCCACAAAGAGAGUGCUUUCUCAGUCCUUGUUCGCUCCUGGUUCAGUGGCCCUGCAGAAAAUGUCCUCCCUAAUGGCCUCCUCAGCCCUUGCCCUUGGCCUGGACGUCCCAGUGUUGACUCAGCACCGUACGUCCAUUCUUUCCUGGUCCCCUUUGUACCCAACCCUUACUGCCUCGUGUGCACCUGAACUCACCUUGUCCUGAGUUACUUUAUUAAAUUUUUCUCAAAUAAACAUGGAGUGAAAAACCA